GUUUAGUAGCGGCUCCUUGCGCUCGCUCGUGGCCAUGAGUUGUAAAAACAAAGUUGUUGUAAUAACCGGCGCAAGUUCAGGCAUUGGAGCCGCCACGGCUGUAGCAUUUGCUAAGGAAAGCGCUCAACUCGUCUUAGUAGCGAGCAAUAAGAAAAAACUAAGAAAUGUGAAGAGCGCCUGCCAAGCUGCAGGAAGUAAAGUAUCUAUAAUCAUAACAGACCUCACAGAGGAAGUAUACAGCGGUGUUAUAAACUCAGUAAUAAAAAUACACAAGAGAAUAGACGUCCUAGUCAACAAUGCUGGAGUACUAGAAUAUGGAAAAUUAAGAGAUAACACUCUGGUCGAUGCGUUUGAUGAAAUUAUGGAUGUAAACAUCGCGGCUCCCGUUUUUCUAACUACGUAUGCAGCUCCACACCUGAUAGCAAGUCAAGGUAAUGUAGUAAACAUAUCUGCGAUUGACGCAGAGAAAGUUGUAUGCGAAGAAUACGGUGCGUUUAGUGUGACAAAGGCGGCACUAAACCAGUUCACUAGAGCGGCGGCAAUAGAAUUAGGAGAGCAUGGUGUUAGAGUGAACUCAAUUAGCCCAUCAGAUGUUAGGACCAAUAUGUACAAAAACGCGGGAAAAACAAAACAAAAUGUUGAAUUAAAAAGUGUUCUCAAUCCGUGGACUGAACCGGAGCAGAUUGCUGAUUUGAUACUUUUUGUGGCUAGUGAUAAGGCAAGAGGUAUCACUGGAUCGAAUUUAGUUUGUGAUAAUGGUAGCAUGUUGUUGUGAUUAAUUUAGAUCUUUAGUAUAGAAGCAAAAGGUUACUUGUUCAACUGAGAUUCGUUAUUGUAUAAGUUUUGAGAAAGGCAUAAAAUCUUCUUAAUUCUUAUUAAUAAUUUUACUAUUUCUUAUUAAACUGAAAAAUGAUAAAGUUAAAAUUUAAGGAUUUUCCAUCCCUUACAUAGGCCCCAGCCAGUACCUUGGCCCAUAGCCUCGUUGAUCCUAAAGACGGCACUGUGUAUAUGACA